UAAUGUCUGCAUAAGGUUGUGGUUAUUCUUUUCUUCUAGCACUUAUCUCGACUAAGUAGUACACUGUUUUCUGUUGUUGGUAGAAUUAGUAGUCAUGAACAACAGGGCAAGAGGAAGGGAAAGAAGAAAAUGUCCCUCAAAAGGGCAGGAAAGUAAGUACUCACAGGAGGAGGUUGUAACCAACAAUGAAGAAUUCAAGCAGACGGAUUCUCAGAUCAGGGUUGUCCCUUCGUUUAUCAAGAAGAAAAAAGUAGCUAUCCCUGCACAUGAAAGAAUACAUGAACAAACAGAAUGCAAAGUUAAUGAAUCUAAUGGACAAGAAGAAAUUGAAGGAUGUGAUGCCCCAGAUAAAUCCCUUCUUCACUCAGAACAUAUUGAGGAAACUGAAACAGAAACAGAAGUGUCACAUGCACAACAGGAAGCAAAACCAAGAGCCAAGGAAUUCAAUACUGCAGCUGCUGCAAGCCCUAAGGAGGGUCAACACCCUUGCUGCAGCCAUACUCCUCACACCUUGCAGACUGAGACAUGUAAUGAACCUGUUGGAGGUACCACAGAUACUAAGAUGCUGGAGUGUUCCCCACAAAUUGCAGAGGUACCUGCUGACAGAGGUGACUUGACGACACCACCCGGGGAGACAUGUGGAGGUGUGGGUGUCGGUGCGGAUGGAUGUGAGCAUUUGAGUGAUGAAAUACCAGUCCCAGCAUUACCUGAUGAAGCAGAAGAUGUGUCCUUGAUUCUUUCUGAAGAUGUACUGAAAAGUUUAAAGCACAUCAGUGAAGAAUGUAAAUCAUCUGAAACUGAUGAUGAAAAUGUCAAGUCAUCAUCAGUAGAGAAGGUGGAAGAUAUGCACAUACAUGUAGAGAUGGAGGAAGCUGAUCAGGAUUGUACUGCCCAAGGUUAUACAUCUGAAGUAGUAAUUUCUCCAGUACAAGUGCAAGAUACAAACCAGACAGUAACCAUGGUGAUAGAUGUCAAUGAAAGUGAAGAGGACAGAAAACGUAGAAAGUGUUUAUCCCUGAAUACAGAUGAAGUGAUCUCUGAUCAUCCUGUGCAAGAAUCAGGCAGUGUUGAAGACUUCAAUAAAACAUCUGAUCCUUCAUCCGUUAACAAAAGCAGAACAAAGGAGAAAGAAAUGUAUGACAUUACAUCAGUACAUCAAGUUACAGACGCCAAGAAGAAUUCAGCAGGGAUUCUGCAGUGCCACUCAGUGGUAUCCAGAGAAGCGGGAGAAGUUAUUGCACCUGAGAUGACUUCUGGAGGUGGUGAUGAGAGUACAAGUUCUACCACAUCAAUGAAGAACACAGAAGCUAGCAUACUUGCAGGAAGUGAUGUAGAUGCUGAACUGGACUUUACCGACUCCCAGCUGUGUGAGGUGGUCAAUAUGGAGGAAUCAGCAAACCAACUGCUGGUGUUACAAGAAGUUCGUAAACAACGUAUGGAAGGAAGGAAGAUCAUCCAUGACCUCAUUUUAGAUCUGUCACACCUCAACAAACUGGUACUGCACACAAAACGAGAGAUAGAGACAGCAAGACGAAAGAGACAACCUCAGUCAUGUGUACAGAACAGAGUCACUGGACAAAGCUUCAUCGAACACAGGAAAUUUUGACAAUGUUGUUUUACCACUACUCAAAGAUAUUUGGGGCGGUGAAAUACCCUAAUGCAUUUGCUCUUCACACCCUGGGUUCAGCCCAGAAAAUGCAUUUUCUUCAGUCCCCUGACAUGAUAUUGCAGGAAAACAAUACUCAACAUGUGUUAUCACAGUAUGCUAUGCAUCAACUACACAGGCCAGGCUGCUUGUGUGAAAAGUUUCCUCGGUUGAAAUGUAUAUGCAAAUGUAUUUCUCUGUCGUUUCAUCAAACAUUGUGAUUCGAAAUACAGAAUUUAUCAUAUUGCUGGACCAUGAA